GUCCUCAGUGUCAGGUCCAGGUCCUCACCGAGACAACGUACGCCAUAGGACUGCUCACAUGGGCCAUUUGUGGAGCCCUGGGACUGAUGAUGACUGUUCAGGUGGAACAUCAGGGACUGAAAUAUCUAAGCAGCCCAGGCUCCAUGUAGCGCUCUAAUGAGGGGCCCACUUCCUGAAUUACCGCCUCACUUAGAAUUACCGCCUCCCUUGUGGGUAUGAUUCCUAUUGGGGUCCAGUGUGAAAAUGAAUGCACUCUAUACAGUAAGCUGUUCCGGAUAGGAACAUCGGUUAAAACGCUGAAACGUAACAAAAAACUAUUUACGAUUAUAAAAAAUAAAAAAACAGCUUUCUUCACAUCAACAAAAAAACUGUUCCCCAGGCGGGAGACCCCAUGCUGAAUCCAGUUCCACUAAAUUUUUUCAUUGCAACCCUCUAAUUAGGGUCAUUUUCAGACCAUAUUCAGACAGGUGGGUUCAAUUAAUGAUGAGGUACAACAGAAAACCAGCAGGCUCCGGCCCUCGUAGAGUAAGAUUUGAAUACCCCUGCCCUAAAGUGUAAAGAAAACAAAGACACCAAAGUGUCUGCUAAUCCCUAAAGUGUAACGAAAAUUAAGACACCAAAGUGUCUGCUAAUCCCUAAAGUGUAACGAAAAUAAAGACACCAAAGUGUCUGCUAAUCCCCAAAGUGUUACGAAAAUAAAGACAUCAAAGUGUCUGCUAAUCCCUAAAGUGUAACGAAAAUUAAGACACCAAAGUGUCUGCUAAUCCCUAAAGUGUAACGAAAAUAAAGACACCAAAGUGUCUGCUAAUCCCCAAAGUGUUACGAAAAUAAAGACAUCAAAGUGUCUGCUAAUCCCUAAAGUGUAACGAAAAUUAAGACACCAAAGUGUCUGCUAAUCCCUAAAGUGUAACGAAAAUUAAGACACCAAAGUGUCUGCUAAUCCCCAAAGUGUUACGAAAAUAAAGACACCAAAGUGUCUGCUAAUCCCUAAAGUGUUACGAAAAUAAAUACAUCAAAGUGUCUGCUAAUCCCUAAAGUGUAACGAAUGGAACUCCAUGUUAGUUACUGAGGGCCAGUCUUCGGUAAAUACUUUUUGCUUCUCUACUUCUUAGGUGCUGGCCGUGUUGUUUCAUUCCGUUCUGCAUUGACUCCUGCAAGGACGUGGAACACCGCUGCCCCAACUGCAAGAACGUCAUCCACCUCCACAAACACAUGUGAACGAGGCAUUUACAAGAUCAGUGGACAGCAUGGAGAAGGGUCAGCAGUAUGGAGGUCAGAAUGGACCCCCCCAGGACAUACCCUGUCCCCCUUACCCCGGCCCCGCAGUGGGUUAUGGCAUCCAGGGAGACAGUAUAGUGAACGGUCAGUACAGACCCCCCCAGGACAUUUCAUAUCCCCCCUACCCCGUCCCCUCGGUGGACUAUGGCAUCGGGGGAGCUUCCCAACCCAGAGUGAAUCCACCAACUACAGGGGCUGGCGUGGCACCAUCUGCAAAUGCCCCAGUCAUUACUCAGGUGGUGGUGUUACAGCAGCAGCUGCCCAGCAACGUGUCCGGACAGAUGAAGUGUCCUCACUGUCAGAUUGAGGUCGUCACGGAGACGACACACACCCCUGGAACACACACCUGGAUGCUCUGUUUAACCCUCGGAAUCCUCCUGUGCUGGCCGUGUUGCUUUAUUCCGUUCUGCGUCAAAUCCUGUCAGGAUGUAAAACACCACUGCCCCAACUGCAAGAAUGUCAUCCAUAUCCACAAAGCCACGUGAACAGGCCCCGUAUCCAGAAAUACAUGUGAACAGGCCCCAUCACCUGCCACAAAGAGAUCCACUCCUGCAAAUAAAUAUGAACAUCAUACACCAGAAAUCUGCCACAAACUCAUCCAUAUCCUCACAACUAUAUGAACAACAUAAACCAGAUGCUGUAAAAGUAUAGUUAUUUUCGUAUGGAAGUUUGUAUUUUUUUGUGUGUCUAAACCUGAGGGCUGUGCUAAGGGAAAUUCACCAUUCAGUUCUUCUAUAGGGGAUUUUUUGAUUGACUUCAAAUAAGGUCUCUAUUCCAUACAUGCUUACAGUACCCCGUCUCAGUGUUUUGAAAAACCAGAGAGAUUUGCACAGUUAUCAAAAACACUGAAGUGCUGUAAGCCUAAAGGAAACACAGACCUUUUUAUAAAUAAUCCCCUAUGGAAGAAAUUUAUGUUGAUAUAACGCAAAGAGCCACACUCAAGUUUUCAUGAUUAUUUCAGUCUAUACAAUGACUGACUGACUAUCUGUGAUAUGAUGUUUACAAAUAUUGGAGAAAAGCUAGCUUUUAUUGUGGGUUCUGUUGAGGCCUAUAAAAUGUAUAUUCUCCAGUAAUUCAUAGGUAUUCAAUAUCAAUACCUUACAUUUUUAAGUGACAGAAACAGAUUUGUUUAAUUCGUAAAUAAUAAUUCUAGAAAUUUCAAUUUCUUGAAAUAAAAACAUUAGUUUCAAUCAA